CCCAAGACCUACGGCCUCAGCCGCUCCAAAGAACCGGGAGAUGACGGGCAAAGCGGGGGAAGCGCUGAGUAAACCCAAAUCCGAGGCAGUAACCAAGAACACCUCGGGGGGCACCCCGGCCAGGUGCACAGGGUUCGGCAUCCAGGAGAUCCUAGGUUUGAACAAGGAGCCCCAAAGCUCCCACCCACGGGCUGCCCUCGACGGCUUGGCCCCUGGGCACUUGCUAACGGCUCGCUCGGUGCUAAGCCCCGCAGGAGUGGGCGGCAUGGGGUUGCUGGGACCCGGGGGGCUCCCCGGCUUCUACGCGCAGCCCACCUUCCUGGAAGUGCUGUCCGACCCGCAGAGCGUCCACUUGCAGCCGCUGGGCAGAGCGUCGGGGCCACUGGACACCAGCCAAACGGCCAGCUCGGAUUCAGAAGAUGUUUCCUCCAGUGACCGGAAAAUGUCCAAAUCGUCGUUAAACCAGACCAAGAAACGGAAGAAGCGGCGACACAGGACGAUCUUCACCUCCUACCAGCUGGAGGAGCUGGAGAAGGCGUUCAAUGAGGCCCACUACCCAGAUGUUUAUGCCCGGGAGAUGCUGGCCAUGAAGACGGAGCUGCCGGAAGACAGGAUACAGGUCUGGUUCCAGAACCGCAGAGCCAAGUGGCGGAAGCGGGAGAAGUGCUGGGGCCGCAGCAGUGUCAUGGCCGAGUACGGGCUGUAUGGUGCCAUGGUGCGGCAUUCCAUCCCCCUGCCCGAGUCCAUUCUCAAGUCGGCCAAGGAUGGCAUCAUGGAUUCCUGUGCCCCAUGGCUACUGGUUCAAGAUGGCUUUCCCAGGCGCUUUUCUAAACCCGAAUACCAACAAUUCUUUUUAGGGAUGCACAAAAAGUCGCUGGAGGCGGCAGCCGAGUCGGGGAGGAAGCCCGAGGCGGAGCGCCAGGCGCUGCCCAAGCUAGACAAGCUGGAGCAGGAGGAGCGGGGCGCCGACCCGCAGGCCGCCCUCUCGCAGGAGGAGCUGCGGGAGCACAGCAUCGCCGCGCUGCGCGCCAAAGCUCAGGAGCACAGCACCAAGGUGCUGGGGACUGCGUCUGUGCCCGACGGCCCGGCCCGCGGCACGGAGAGGCCGCCGGAGGAGGAGGAAGAGCAGGAGGACACGGCUCACGACAGGCCGGCGGGGAAACUGAGCCCGCCGCAGCUUGAGGACAUGGCUUAG